AUGGCGGGAGGUAUAAAUGAAUUUUGUUCGGAAGGUGAAGGUGCUCUUGAUUAUGCUGCUGAUGAUGAUGCUGAAGGUGUACAUUCAUUAGCUGCUGUUUCAUUAUAUAAUUGGUUAGGUCAAGAAACUGGCAUUUAUAUACCAUUAGUUGAUCUUCUUCAAGGACUUUCAAUUGAAAAAAUUGCAACACUUGUUUAUAAUAAACUUAAUGAAAAAGAAUAA